AUGAGUACAAACAAUAUAAAUAGUCAACAACCUUUAGCACAAUUGGCUAGUAAUGAUCGAUUAGAAAACGAUGAUAAUGAAACUUCAAAACAAAAACAAUCUUCUUCUUCUCCUUUAAUAGAAAUAAAUUCUAAUAAUGAAAGUCCGAAGACAUCAAUUAAUAAUUAUGAAAAUCUUGAUAAAGAUUCACAAUAUAAUAUAGAUGCAUUAACACCGGCUCAACAACGUGAACGAACAGGAACUUUAAUAGUCAUUGGUCUUAUUGCUUUUCUAAUUGGUGUUGAUUAUGCUAUUAUUUUACCUACAGCUUGGGGUUAUCUUAAUUCAUUCGGAGAAUUAAAACAUAGUGGUCUUGUCAUCGGUGGACUUUUAGCUGCAUUUGCAUUAUCAAGUUCAAUUGCUGGUUUAAUAUUUGGACAUUUGAGUGAUAUUGGUUAUUCAUUAAAACAAAUUGCUAUAAUUUGUAUUGGAUUUAAAAUAAUUGGAAAUUUACUUUAUUUUAUUGGUAUUAAUUUUUAUGUUGUUAUUAUAGCUCGAUUAAUUGCUGGAAUUGGAAUGGGUUUAGUACCACCAACAUUAGCAGAAAUAUCAAGAAGAUCAACAUCAGACACACGAACACAACUUCUUGCAAAAAUACUUGCUUGUCGUCAAAUAGGUCUUUUUGUUGGUCCAUGUUUUACACUUAUUUGUAGAACUAUGAAUUUUACAUUAUUUGGUUUAAAUGUAACAAUAUAUAAUUCUCCAGGUUUACUUAUGGCAAUUUUAUGGAUAAUAACAUUAAUUUUAACAAUCUUUUUCUUUUUUGAUGCACCAAAAACAAUAAAUGAAGAGAAAUUAUCAUCAGAAGGAUGCAAUAGAAACUCAUUAGCUUUUGUAUGUAAACGUAUUUCUUCAACAUGCAGAAAACCUACAAUUAUAGUUCUUCUUAUAACAGCAUUUAUUGCUUAUUUUAAUCAAACAGCACUUGAAACAGCUUUAACACCAUUUACAAAUAUUCAAUUUGGUUGGCAUGAAUUAGAAGUAUCAGUUCUAUUUGCUAUAGCUGGUAUUGAAAUAACUCUUGUUUAUGUUAUUUUACAUUUUGUAACAAAAAAAAUUCAUGAUGAAGCAAUUCUAUUAUUUGCUUAUAUAAUACUUAGUAUAGCUUGUUCAAUUGGUGUUAUUAUUUUACCAUUUUCUGAAGUUGGUUCAGACAAAUAUUUACCAGUAUUUUUAUUAUUUGUUGGUUUAGAUAUUUUUGCAUUACCACUUAUUGCUGUAACAACAACAAGUUUAUUUACACAACAAACACAUAAUGAUCAACAAGGUAUUGGUCAAGGUAUACAACGUUUUGUUAUUAAUGUAGCAACUAUUAUUGGUCCAUUAUUUGCUGGAAGUUUAUUAAAAGCAACAUGGUUAAUGAUUUCUUUUAUGUUUAUUAUUGUUCUAAUUGCUACACUUUUAGUUACACUUGUUUAUCCAUCAUUUUCAUUAUCUAACAAUGAUGAAUUAUCAGCAUUAAUACCACCUGAGAAUAAAAAAUAA